CAGUUUCUCUUCUUCUAUGCAGAUAUAACAGACUGGUCUCCAAGGAACCACACGCCUGGGUCAACAUAAAUUUAAACCAGUCAAGGGUUUACCUCAGAACUCAGACCUGAUGGAAGAUUACACUGUCCCUUCACAACGUGGCAAUGAAAUAUCACUAAAGACCAUCAUUAGAGAUCAUCUGUCAACCCUUGAUGUUGUGUGGGCAAAUAAGUUUGAGGGUGAAAACAUCAGUCCAGAAAAUGCCAAAGAGAAAGAAGCAGAAUUUUACAGAGGUGCUCCACCACAGUGGCUGAACUUCUAUUGGGCUGAAAAGGAGGGGUCGCCCAUUGUUAAACGGGAUUUGUAUGAAGUAAUAUGGAAGAAGAUUGACAUAAACAAACAGACGAGCAGAAGCAUCACUCAUGUCAACUUAUUCCACCAACCUGGGAGUGGAGGGUCCACCCUAGCCAUGCAGAUACUAUGGGACCUGAGAAAAAAGCUCAGGUGUGCCAAAAUAGUCACAUCUACAACAGACACGAAGGCUGCUGCAUAUCAAGUGGUGCAGUUAUUUAAUGCAGGUGGUCCUGAAAACCAGAACACUGUACUGCUUCUUCUGGACGAUACAAGUGAUGAUCCUUCAUUUCAAAAAAACCUUGAAGACAAUCUCGUUGAUGAGAUAAAGGCAAGAAAUUUCCCUGCCACUGUCCCUGUGGUCAUCAUAUUAAACUGUGUCCGCCAGCUGACAGCGACAAAGAGUACAACGCUGUGCAGAAGUCUUUCAGAAGAGGAGAAAAACAAACUGAAGGAAAAUCAAGCUGAAAUCAUUCAAAGACAUGGAGACAGACAUACUAAGUUCCAUGCUUUUAACAUUAUGCUGAGCAAUUACAGCCCAUCUGUUGUUACAGAGAUCUGUAAAAUUCUCCAUCCUAUUAAGAAGAAAAAGAGGCCUCGUAAAGCACAACUUUUAGCAUAUUUAGCACUGAUUAAUUCAUACGUCCCUGGUUCUUCUCUUUCCCGUGAUCUAUGCCAGCAGUUUCUUGAAAACAACAGUAAUACUUUGGACGAGUUCUCUCUGGAGGUACAAAUGCAACCCUUCACCGACAUUCUGGUCAUAUUCUCCACCCAGACGAGAGAGAACAGAAGUGAGGAUCACGUACGCAUGGCACACCCCAUGAUUGCUGAUGAAUGUCUACAAUUACUGACUUCAGCUGCUUUAACCAGAAGUGUCAUCACAAGGAAUCUCCUGACAGAUCUCUGCAAAAACCCAGUGCCACUGUAUUUGGUGAAAACCAUCAAAAAAAUGCUCACAAAGCGGGAAACAAUACAGGACAAAGACAAGUUUUCUAGAUUGAUCCAAGACAUUAAAGCAAAAGAAAGCACACAUAUGUGUGUUUUAGUCCUGAAAAGUGCCUCAAAGAAAUUAGAUCAAGAUCCUUUUCUUCCACAAGCUCUGGCCCGAUUCUAUUACAUUGAGGAGAAUGAUUAUAAAAGAGGUGAAAAUUGGGCUAAAACUGCAAUUGAGAGGGAUGAAAAGAACUCUUUUAUUAGAGACACGCUCGGACAAGUGCAUAAAAACCACCUCAAGAACCUUGUCUUGAAUGCAGAAUGCUCAUCCAGACAAAUCUUGCACACUGGAAAGAAAGCGACUGAAUCUUUUGAAGAUGAGGCUGAAGCUGCUGUGAAAGAGCAGGCACCCGAGAUGAAAGAUCAUGGUAUGACAAAUAUAUCUAACUCCUUUAACAACAGGGGUUUGUACGGCUUCAUGGAGGCUGCAGACAUAAUUUUCUACCAUCUUACAAAAAAGAACAUGGGAUGGUCCGAGGUUCUUACACAGGAAAUAACCCCUCAGACUUUCUUCAAAUCUUGUCUGGGUGAAAAGUGUGAAAAGUAUACUGCUCUACUUAUUAGUCUCAAAGAUGAAGUUGAGAAGACAUUUGAGUUUUUUGAACAGUAUCUUACUUACUCAAAGCCGAGCAUUGACAACGAUGAGCCAAGUUACUUUUGGCCAACUAUUGAGAAAUGCUACAACAAAUAUGUAACCAAAAGUGGGCAGAGAAAAACAGCGCUGCAGAUGCUAAAAGAAAAGAAGGUCAGCACGUUUGCAGGACUGCUGAACGCUCCGGAUUUAGAUCUAGAACUGAUCACAGAACAGUUGAGAGAAUUACAUUUGCAUUCACCAAGUGAUGCUGAUGCUGUCCAAAAGUACAUUCUUGCAAACAUCAUCCUGAGUCAAAGAAAUGCCACAUCUCCAGUGCUCAGGCCACUUGGAGAACUUCAGAACCUUUUAAAGGGAUUCUGGAAAGAGCAGAAAGACAAAAGAAGCCCAGAGUUCUACCUCUUGGUCCUUUUGCUGUUUUGGCCCAGUGAGGAGCAGGUCAAAGAGAACUCCCCAGACAUAUCCGAAUGUGUCAAAUACAUGCAUGAAUCAUUCGAGAGGACGUACCAAAAUUACCUGCGCUCCCGCUUCCUGGUACCGCUCUUUCUCCUCAGAGGAGGGCAGGGCCUUCAGAAACUUGUCCAUACAUCACAGAUAGACAAGACCGACAUUGAUCACAUUCACAAAGGAGAUGAAAGCGCCAGAAUCCCUGGUCUUCAACGUGUGCAUGGACGAGUGCAAAGUUACAAGGUAUUUUAUGUUAAAGGAUUAAAGGAGAUUGAGGUUUCUCCCCAACAUCCAGCCAGCGUCCGUCGCCAAGGACAGGUCUCUUUCUUUCUUGGCUUCAACAUCAAGGGACCUGUGGCUUACAACAUAAGAUAUGAGCAGUAA